AUGAGUCAACAAAGUGAAUUACCUUCCUCCGUUACUGAAACUACUGUUGGACAAACAACAGAAAAGAAGCAACUCUCUAGAGAAGAGCUCAAAGAAGCAAUUUCUAAACAAGUAGAGUACUACUUCUCUCGACAAAACCUCUCCACCGACCAUUUCUUGGUAUCUCAAAUGAACCAUGACCUUUUUGUUCCAGUCUCUGUCAUUGCAAACUUUAAAAUGAUUAAAACACUCACUGAUGACUAUGAUUUAAUUUGUGAGUCCGUAAAGAACUCGAGUCAAGUCGUUGUGGAUGAGCUAAAUAAGAAACUCAAACCAAACAUUGUUUUGAAGAGAAACACCGUUAUCAUACGAGACAUUCCUCAAACAGUACCACAAGAACAAAUCCUUAAACUAUUCUCAUCAGAUAAUCAACCACUUACCAUUCACAGCGAUAUUGGAAACACUUGGUUUACAUCAUUCGAGACUGAAGAAAAAACACUUGAAGCUAUUGAGCAUUUAAAGACCCAAAAUUGGGAAGGAAAACCAAUACAGGCUAGAAUCAAAACUGAAAGUUUACUAAAAACUGUGGGUACAGCUCCGGUUCAACAAGGAGCAUCAUCGCAUCAAGCACAGAAUCAACAAAACAACUACAAUAGAGGAGGAAACAGAAAGUUCAAUAAUAGACCAAAUCAACAGAACAGUACUGGACCGAACGUUCCACAAACAAAGCCUGGUACUCAAGGAAACACCAGACCACAAACCAACAAUUCUCCACCACAACAACAAAAUAAUCAAACAUCAAACAACAGAAAUAGUAGUAGAGGAGGAAAUCAACCUAACCGAGGAAGAAGCAAUAGUGGAAGUAAUAGACCACCUCUCAAUGGAAAUACUAAGCAACCAAGAGGACCACGUAAGGAUGCAUUGAAUUUGAACAGCGUUAAGAACUUCCCUCCUCUUCCAAAGUUGAACGAAUCGACAGAACAAGUUGGAUAUGGAAGCCAAAAAUUCUUACGUUACAGCAAGCAAACUGUGUUGAGAGUAUUUAUGGAACAACAAGAAAAAGGUGAACAUGGUACAAAACCUGAAAUCUUGAUCGGAAAUGAAUGUAUAGCAAUUUUGAAUGAACCUAAGAAGGAUUUGGAGUUACACAAACCUCAAAUGGAUAAGAGCCAACUUGCCAAUGAAAUUAUCCCUCCUGAAAGUGAAUCAAAAGAUUCUACAACUUCCACCACAUCAUCCCUUAAACCAACCAAUUUGAUGAUUCCAAGAUCUUCAUUUGCUGAAGCAGCCAUAACAGCAAAAGAUAUCAAGACACCAGACACGCCUAGCACUUCUCAUUUCUUUGCCAAGACCCGAAAAAGAAGAGGAAGCAAUGCAACUGGACAUAACCAUAACAAUGUCACAUCAAAGCCUCAUCACACAAAGCCAACGCAAAAACCUUCUGAAAGCAACAAGCAAGCACCAACCAAGACUCAGGAAUCAACCACAGCUCCAACUACCACUACCAGUGCUGCAGCAACUACUAGCGAGCAACCAUCGUGGGUUUCUGUUGUGAGUUCAACUAAAAAGUAG